AAUAGCACAACAAGGAGAUAAUGGAAGAACAAUAUUUAAACACCAAACUCCAAUCACUUUCAUCCAAUUCUCAUAUCAGCUGAAACUGUCAACUCCUGACUCUACAAUCAACCCGUUAACAGAAUGAAUAAAAGCUUUAUUCGGUUCUUCUCUAAGGUGGUGAAUAGUGAAGUGAAGUCAUUCAAGUUUUCAGAUAUAUCUGUUAGAUUGGCAUCUCCGGAACGACUACAGCCAAAGCCCGAAGUAAAGGCUCUCCAGUUCGGGAAGCACUUCACCGAUCAUAUGCUGAAGAUCGAGUACCACGUCCGUGCUGGAGGAUGGCAGGCGCCCAUCGUUUGUCCCAUGGAGUACAUAUCCUUGCAUCCGGCCGCUAAAGUACUCCAUUAUGCUGUUGAGCUUUUUGAAGGGAUGAAAGCCUACCGGGGAAAGGACGGCAAGAUCAGGAUAUUCAGGCCAGAACUGAACAUGGCGAGGAUGAACUUGUCUGCAAGUCGAUCAUGCCUCCCACAAUUUGACGCCGAAGAGAUGAUAAAGUGUCUAUGCAGGCUCAUCUCCAUCGACCAGGAGUGGGUACCACACUCUGAAGCGGCGAGCCUCUACAUUAGGCCUACCCUCGUAGGGACAGAGCCAUCGUUAGGAGUUGCUUCUUCAGAAUCUGCCCUACUCUACGCAAUCCUCUGCCCUGUAGGGCCGUACUUCGGAACCUCAUCGGAAGCAGAAGCCGUUUCACUUUUAGCGGAUCCAAAUUUCAUCAGGGCGUGGCCAGGAGGCGUUGGAGACAGAAAAAUGGGAUCUAACUACGCACCUACAAUUAAAAUUCAGGAACAAGCUCAUAAAAAAGGUUACCAACAAGUUCUCUGGUUGUAUGGAGAAGACAACCAAAUUACGGAAGCUGGAACAAUGAAUAUAUUCGUCGUUAUAAAGAACACAAAAGGGGAAAAACAGCUGAUAACAGCACCUUUGAAUGGCCUGAUACUUCCUGGCAUCACAAGGCAAUCGAUUAUUCAACUAGCGAAAGAAUGGCGAGAAUUUGAAGUUAUAGAGAGGGUCAUCACCAUGCCAGAACUCCUGCAUCUUUCCAAGGAAAAUAGGUUAAUAGAAGUUUUCGGAUCGGGCACAGCUUGUGUGGUGACCCCAGUAAAAAGAAUUUUCUACAGAGAUGAUGCUUUAGAAAUACCAACUAUGGAACAACAGGAUCCAAUAUUUAGAAGGAUGCUGAAGACCAUCACUGGGAUACAGUACGGAGAUAUAGAGCAUCCAUGGGCUAGGCCAAUUGACUAGAGAAUACACUUUCAGAAGAAUCGGAAUCUGUCGAAGAAUGAAGAUUUUUAUGUUUGAAGGAGCGAGUGAUACAUGCCCUACUAUCCAUCUCCUGCAUUUAUCGCCUUCAAAAGAACUUUGUAUUACAAUAGUUGUUUUUUUUCUGUUUAUUGUUUAUUGUUUUUUUUACAAUCCGAUGUUAUCUGGAAGAACGCUGUUUUCGUUAUAAAAAUAUAAAUACAACUAAGUUAUUUUAACAAGUAUUCCUCCAUCUGUUCAGUUAUAUUAUCUCGCUAAAGUUUGGCAAACGUGAAAAAAAAAAUGUUAUUCUAAUGUAAACGAUACUGAGAAUUACAUUGUGUGAAUUUCUUUCUGUUGUUUCGAAAAAAAAAAAAAAAAAAAAAUACGAACACAAUAUAUAUAAAGAAAACUUUAUGAUAUGUAUAUAUGAAUAUAUGUUUGAUUACGAAUUGUCUUCAUGAAAACAUCAAAUUUUCAGUUUACUGAAUCAUUUCAAUUCCUAAAUGCUUUCUAGUAGCGAUAUGGGUGUUAGUUUGUUACUAGCAAUAAAAAUUCCCCUCCUAAUACAUAUUGUUCUGGAGCGUAAUGCAAU